UACUACUGCCACCACCAACACCACCACCACUACUACUGCCACCACCACCACUACUACUGCCAACACCACCACCACUACUACUGCCAACACCACUACUACCACCACCACCACUACUACAGGACAGGUGAGGAGGUGUAAUCCCUACAGCCGUGAUCGCCUUGUCAACAACACCCAAGACGCCUUUUGGAAGCAGAAUCAAGGUUCGUGGAGGUUACGAGUGACGUGGAACUGGUCUCCGAAGGUUCCGAAGCGCCGUCCGGAACCCGCGGACAGAUGAAGAGUUCCCGGUGCUGUACGGUGGUCCUGGUCACGGGCUGCCUGAUGGCGCUGGUGGGAGGCGUCUUCAUCUGGGCCUUCGACGAGAUCUUGAGGAGUCAGGUGGUGAAGAACGUGCAACUCCGUGAGGGUGGCUUCACGUACGACAUCUGGAAGGAGGUCCCCGUCGCGUUCUACAUGUCCGUGUACGUGUGGGAGGUCGCCAACCCCCGACAGGUCGUCAGCGGAAACAAGCCGAGUCUUGUCCAGCGCGGGCCCUUUGUCUAUCGGGAGUACCGCAAGAAAGCCAACAUCACCUUCAACGAGAACGGCACUGUGAGCUAUCGCGAGUACCGUCACUACCGCUUCAGCCGUGAGCGGUCCAUCGCCUCGGACGACUUCAUGUUCACCACCAUCAACGUCCCUGUUCUGGGAGCCGCAUUGGCUGUGGAGAACGCUCCGGCAUUCGUCAAGUUCAUGAUGGACACCGCUUUCACAUUGCUGGGCGCCGAGCCGCUGAUUCGUCUGCGUGUCCGUGACCUCCUAUGGGGAUACUCUGACCCAUUCAUCGACUUCGUGCACAAUAACUUUCCAUCCAUCCUGCCCAACAGCAAGUUCGGGUUCUUCAUGGACUACAACAACUCCAACAAUGGCCUCUUCACAGCCUACACCGGCGUCUCCGACAUCAGCCAGGCCCACGUCCUCGUCAACUGGAACGGCAUGGAGGAGCUCUCCUACUGGGGUACAGAAUCUGCCAACAUGAUCAACGGCACCCAGGGUCAGAUGUGGCCUCCGUUUCACGACCCCAAAUUGCCCCUCAAGUUCUUCAGCCCAGAGGCAUGCAGGUCCCUGCAGAUGGACCCGGUGCACAGGGGCUGGAGUCUCGGGAUCCCGGUGGUCCGCUUCAUGGCGCCUGCCUGGCUCUUUGCCAACUCUACUGAUCACGUGGGCAACGCCGGAUUCUGUCCCUGUGGCCCAUCGGGCGUACUCAACGUCAGUCGCUGUAGAUACGGUGUGUGUACAAGUGUCUAAGUGUGUGUGUCUAAGUGUCUAAGUGUGUGUCUAAGU